AUGCAUAUUCCUCAAGGAAUUGCCUACGCCAGAUUAUCAGGAGUCGAUCCUGUAUAUGGACUUUACUCUUCGUUCUUCCCCCCCUUAUUUUAUAUGUUCUUCGGUUCUUCGAGGCAUUGCUCGAUAGGUUCUUUUGCUGUUAUUUCUUUAAUGUCUGGUAUUGCUAAUGACCAAGUUAUGUCUAAAUAUGUGCCAACUGUUGACGAUAAUGAUGGACUUAAUAAUUCCACUGUAAGAGCGACCGGCAGCGGCAAUAUAACUCCAAUUGAAGUGGCAGCAACUUUAACAUUUGCCUUAGGAAUUCUUCAGUUGGUUGCUGGUCUGUUACGAUUAGAAUUUCUUACAACGUAUUUUUCUGAUCAACUGGUCGCCGGCUAUACGACGGGUUCUGCAGUGCAUGUGAUUAUUGGUCAAGUUAACGAAGUAUUAGGAAUUAAAAUACCAAAAAGCACUGGGCCUGGUUACCUAUUCCGUACAGUUUACAAUAUAAUUGUUCGUUUACCGCAAACGAACGUAUUUACGCUAAUCGUCUCACUUCUUUCAAUGCUCCUUCUUUAUGUAGGAAAAACUUAUAUUAAUCCUUUGGUUGGCAAGUGCCUUCCACUGAAGAUUCCAAUACCCUAUGAAAUUAUAUUGAUUGUAAUAGGGGCGGCAUUUUCUUAUAUUUUCAAUUUUAACCAGCUUUAUGGUACCAAAAUUGUUGGAAACGUACCCAGUGGGCAAGAAUUCUACGCAUUAGGCUUCACUUCGGUGCUUUCUGGCUUAUUCCCUGUAUAUCCGACGGGUACAGCAUUAGGAAGAACAAUGGUUAACGUGGAGAGUGGAGCUAAAACUUUACUUUCGACAGUGUUUAGCUGUAUUCUUCUGCUGGUUUCAAUUUUAUGGCUUGGACCGCUUCUGCAGCCACUACCAAUGUGCGUUUUAUCAGCAAUUAUUAUUAUGGCAUUAAAAUCAAUGCUUUGGAAAGUGACCGAGCUCAAGGAUCUCUGGCCGGUCUCUAAAAUCGACUUUUAUAUAUGGUUAUUUUCAUUUGUCAUCACAAUUGCUGUUGAUGUUAUGGAAGGUUUAGCACUGUCGAUUCUUUUCGCUUUGCUAACAGUCAUUUUUAGGUUUCAGUGGUAA